CAUUUAUGUUGUGCCUUGCAGAUGACUACACACUGCAUGGCCCAAUUUUCAUUCAAGAACCAAGUCAUGUAAUGUUCCCUUUGGACUCUGAGGAGAAAAAAGUGAAGCUCAGUUGUGAAGUUAAGGGGAAUCCAAAACCUCAUAUCAGGUGGAAGUUAAAUGGAACAGAUGUUGACAUUGGUAUGGAUUUCCGCUACAGUGUUGUUGAAGGCAGCUUGUUGAUCAAUAACCCCAAUAAAACCCAAGACGCUGGAACGUACCAGUGCAGAGCAACAAACUCAUUUGGAACAAUUGUUAGCAGAGAAGCAAAGCUUCAGUUUGCUUAUCUUGAAAACUUUAAAACAAGAACGAGAAGCACCGUGUCUGUCCGCCAGGGUCAGGGGAUGGUACUGCUGUGCGGCCCACCAGCCCACUCUGGAGAGCUGAGCUAUGCCUGGAUUUUCAAUGAAUACCCUUCCUAUCAGGAUAAUCGCCGCUUCGUUUCUCAAGAGACUGGGAAUCUGUAUAUUGCCAAAGUAGAAAAAUCAGAUGUUGGAAAUUAUACCUGUGUGGUUACAAAUACAGUAACAAACCAAAAGGUCCUGGGGCCACCCACACCGCUAAUAUUGAGAAAUGAUGGGGUGAUGGGUGAAUAUGAGCCAAAAAUAGAAGUGCAGUUCCCAGAAACGGUCCCGACUGCAAAAGGAACAACAGUGAAGCUGGAAUGCUUUGCGUUAGGAAAUCCAGUACCAACUAUUAUCUGGAGAAGAGCUGAUGGAAAGCCGAUAGCAAGGAAAGCCAGAAGACCCAAGUCAAAUGGAAUUCUUGAAAUCCCCAGUUUUCAGCAGGAGGAUGCUGGUUGGUACGAAUGUGUGGCUGAAAAUUCAAGAGGGAAAAACAUAGCAAGGGGACAGCUGACUUUCUUUGCUCAACCUAAUUGGAUUCAGAAAAUAAAUGACAUUCAUGUGGCCAUUGAAGAAAAUGUCUUCUGGGAAUGUAAAGCCAAUGGAAGGCCCAAACCUACAUACAGGUGGCUGAAAAAUGGUGAACCACUGUUAACUCGGGAUAGAAUUCAUAUCGAGCAAGGAACACUCAACAUAACAAUAGUGAACCUCUCAGAUGCUGGCAUGUAUCAGUGUGUGGCAGAAAAUAAACAUGGAGUUAUCUUUUCCAGCGCAGAGCUUAGUGUUAUAGCUGUGGGCCCUGAUUUUUCAAGAACCCUCUUAAAAAGAGUAACUCUUGUCAAAGUGGGAGGUGAAGUUGUCAUUGAGUGUAAGCCGAAAGCCUCUCCGAAACCUGUCUACACCUGGAAGAAAGGAAGAGACAUAUUAAGAGAAAAUGAAAGAAUUACCAUUUCUGAAGAUGGAAGCCUCAGAAUCGUCAAUGUGACUAAAUCAGAUGCUGGAAGUUAUACCUGCAUAGCCACUAACCAUUUUGGAACUGCUAGCAGUACUGGAAACCUGGUAGUAAAAGAUCCAACAAGGGUAAUGGUACCCCCUUCCAGUAUGGAUGUCACUGUUGGGGAAAGUAUCGUUCUGCCAUGCCAGGUAACCCACGAUCACUCGCUAAACAUCGUGUUUACUUGGUCAUUUAAUGGACACCUGAUAGACUUUGACAAAGACCGGGACCACUUUGAAAGAGUCGGAGGGCAGGAUUCAGCUGGUGAUUUGAUGAUCCGAAACAUCCAGCUGAAGCACGCUGGGAAAUAUGCCUGCAUGGUCCAGACAAGUGUAGACAAGCUGUCUGCCGCUGCUGACCUGAUUGUGAGAGGUCCUCCAGGCCCCCCCGAGGCCGUGACCAUAGAUGAAAUUACAGACACCACUGCUCAGCUCUCCUGGAGACCCGGGCCUGACAACCACAGCCCCAUCACCAUGUAUGUCAUUCAAGCCAGGACUCCGUUCUCCGUGGGCUGGCAAGCAGUUAAUACAGUCCCAGAACUCAUUGAUGGGAAGACAUUCACAGCAACUGUGGUGGGUUUGAACCCUUGGGUCGAAUAUGAAUUCCGCACAGUUGCAGCCAACGUGAUUGGGAUUGGGGAGCCCAGUCAGCCCUCUGAGAAGCGGAGGACAGAAGAGGCCCUCCCCGAAGUCACCCCAGCUAACGUCAGUGGAGGCGGAGGCAGCAAAUCUGAACUGGUUAUAACCUGGGAGACGGUCCCUGAGGAAUUACAGAACGGCAGAGGCUUUGGUUACGUGGUGGCCUUCCGGCCUUAUGGCAAAAUGAUCUGGAUGCUGACGGUGCUGGCCUCCGCGGACGCCUCCAGAUACGUGUUCAGGAAUGAGAGCGUCCAUCCCUUCUCUCCCUUCGAGGUUAAAGUGGGCGUCUUCAACAAUAAAGGAGAAGGCCCUUUCAGUCCCACCACGGUGGUAUAUUCUGCAGAAGAAGAACCCACCAAAGCACCAGCCAACAUCUUUGCCAGAAGUCUUUCUGCAACAGACAUUGAAGUCUUCUGGGCCUCCCCCAUGGAAAAGAAUAGAGGUCGGAUACAAGGGUAUGAGGUAAAAUAUUGGAGACAUAAUGACAAAGAAGAAAAUGCUCGAAAAAUACGAACGAUAGGAAAUCAGACAUCAACAAAAAUCACCAACUUAAAAGGCAGCGCUCUGUAUCAUUUAGCUGUUACGGCAUAUAAUUCUGCAGGGACAGGCCCCUCCAGUGCGACGGUCAACGUGACAACCAGAAAGCCACCGCCAAGUCAACCCCCCGGAAACAUCAUAUGGAAUUCAUCGGACUCCAAAAUUAUCCUGAAUUGGGAUCAAGUGAAGGCCCUGGAUAAUGAGUCGGAAGUAAAAGGAUACAAAGUCUUGUACAGAUGGAGCAGACAAAGCAGCACAUCUGUCAUCGAAACAAAUGAAACAUCAGUGGAGCUUUCUUUGCCUUUUGAUGAAGAUUAUAUAAUAGAAAUUAAGCCAGUCAGUGAUGGAGGAGAUGGCAGCAGCAGUGAACAGAUUCGAAUUCCAAAGAUAUCAAAUGCCUAUGCAAGAGGAGCGGGGCCGUCCACUUCCAACGCAUGCACGCUGUCGGCCAUCAGUACGAUCAUGAUCUCCCUCACAGCCAGGUCCAGUUUAUGACAACAGUUCUCUAAAGGACUUGCUGUUUAUAAUAUAAGCAACAUUUAGCUAGUUGUU